AAAGAUAACACGGGAUAACAACCGACCAUAACAAACGACCGUGUUAUCAUUAAAGACUGUACAGGAUAACUAGUAAAUGGCAAUUGCUUGUUAUAUUACAUGAGAUUUGUUUAGUAAUAUGAUUAAAUACGUUAUAAGAGUGGUGUGAGUGUGAUAAGAUGCCAUUCCAACAGGCAGGAGCAGCCGAGGUUCUCAGAGCUUCCCAGAAAGAUGAGAGUUUCCUUGACUACCUGAAGAGUUGUAUCUCAGAGAUUGUACAGAGGUCUGCUGGCACGAGAGUAUGGCUGGACAUCCACAAACAUACAGAGAUCCUGUGCGAGUUUGUUUAUUACAGUUUAACUACACUAUGUCUCCGGCAGACUCUGGGGGAGGAAUACACAGGGGUGCUACAGGUUGACCGCACUAGGGGAAGGUUACCUAAUACCCUUGAGAGGGUGAUUAUGGUCGUACUGAAGUGCUUUGGUCCUGAAGUUAUACGAAGGCUACUGUCGAAGUUAGAGGACUCGGCCAGAUCGGGAAAAUUAUCAACGUAUCUCCGACCAGAAUUGAAGAAUGUUAUACUGCAGCAGAUGCCAACCCUGAGGUACUCCCUCACUCUACUACACCGCAUUCAUCUGGCGACGUUCUAUUUCACCGGAGCAUUCUAUCAUAUAUCUAAGAGAGUUACAGGCAUCAAAUAUGUGUUGGUGCGAGAGUGGCUCGGUGACAGCUCUGCCAGCAAGUCAUUCCAGGUCCUAGGUACAGUGCUGCUGACACACAUCCUCCUGACCACCAUGUAUGCCGUCUACACUCACCUGUUUGUUAAACCUCCACCAGAGAACACACAGCCAUCUGCCAAGUGCUAUGUGGACAGCAAGAAGCAGUGUUCUCUGUGUCUUGAUGAGCGCAAGUAUUCUUGUGUUACUCCCUGCGGUCACUUGUUCUGCUGGCAGUGUAUUCAGGAAUGUCUUCAGACAAGUCAACAGUGUCCACUGUGUAGACAUCCAGCAACACCUGCUCAAGUGGUUCCUCUUCUCAACUAUGACUGACUCAGUGUUAUUAUCCAAGUUGUAUUAAUACUGUAUUUAUAUAUUUAUAAUAAUUAUUGUAGAGUUGUGAUGUACAGUGCAUCAGUAUUGUGACCAGUCAGUUGUAGGCAACAUUUUGUCAUCCAUUAUUCCUUCAUUAUUAUAUCAGGGAAACAUAACUAACCUUCCCACUUGUUUAGGUUGAAACAUUUCCUGUUGAACAAGAAGUGACGUAUGAAAUGAUGAUAAUAACAUAAUUAAUUAAUAGUAAUACAGGAGCCACUGUCUUGUAUUUAAUGUCUGUCUGUGGUGUAAUAUUGAAGUCAAAUGAAACUUUUUAACAUUAAGGAUUACUUAAGUGUUUUGUACUCGGCAUUACAAUAAUCAGGGACUAUUUAUCAAUAAAAUAUAA